AUGGGGAUCGAAGAUGAUGCCGGUAAACCAUUGACAGAAACCGACUCUAAUCUGACACUGACACGCGAGCACGCGGAUGAAGGCAAGGCUUCCAGUUGGUCAGUCCUGACAUGUCGAUCGUACUUCCCCAAGAGGUACAUCGUUGCAGUGAUGGCCUUACUAGGCUUCUGCAACGUGUAUGCAUUGCGUGUGAACCUCAGCGUCGCCAUUGUCGCCAUGACGAAUAACCGGACGAUUCGCACGGACAAUCUCACCGUGGUGAUGUUGGCAGAUUUCGAUUGGGAUUCCAGGGCACAGGGAUUAGUGCUCGCCUCGUUCUUCUAUGGUUAUAUCUUAACACAGAUUCCAGGAGGUUACCUAGCGAAGAAGUAUGGUGGGCGGAGGUUGUUCGGUGGAGGGAUUUUAGUGACGGCUUUGUUCACGUUACUAACACCUCUGUGUGCCAGCUGGAAUAUUUACGUCCUCUUGGUCGUCCGGGUUAUCGAGGGGUUGUUUGAGGGCGUGACAUAUCCGGCUAUCCACGCUGUAUGGGCACGAUGGGCACCUCCGGCAGAGAAGACACGUUUAGCUUCCAUAGCAUUUUCUGGAUCUUACUUGGGCACUGUGAUCGCCUUCCCCGUCUGCGGGGCGCUCGCCAGCAGCGCAGCAGGCUGGCCUUCCAUCUUCUAUGUCUUCGGGACGGUUGGCGUGGUGUGGUCCCUAGCCUGGUGGUACCUCAUCACCGACGCCCCUGAGGAACAUGACACAAUCAGCAGUGAGGAGCUGGAGUACCUGCAGAGGAGCAUCGGUUUCAAUGACCAACAAGUUAAGCGAGCGGAAGUGCCGUGGAAAGCGAUCUUGACCUCGGUUCCGGUUUGGGCGAUCGUGGCGGCUCAUUUUGCCGAGAACUGGGGCUUUUACACCUGGCUAACACUACUGCCUACCUUCAUGAACGAUAUCCUCGGCUUUGAUCUCAAUAAGGCUGGAUUCCUGUCAGCUGUUCCAUAUUUCGCCAUGGCUGUAGUGGUACAAGCCAGUGGGUUUCUGGCGGAUUACCUCCGUAAAAGUGCAAUAUGUGACACAACCACCGUGAGGAAGGUGUACACCUGUGGCGCGUUCCUGUUCCAAGGCGUCUUCAUCAUUGCUGCCGGUUACGUAGUCUCCGCUACAGCUGCAGUGGCCUGUAUCACAAUAGCUGUGGGCAUUGGUGGAUUCGCUCUGUCUGGAUUUAUGGUCAACCACUUGGAUUUAGCGCCACAGCACGCCAGUAUCCUGAUGGGUUUGUCUAAUACUGUGGCCACUAUCCCGGGAAUUGUCAGCCCGAGUCUGGCAGGGGGUAUUGUCAGGAACAACAGUUCCGGUGAGUGGCAGAUUGUAUUUUACAUCGCUGCCGGAAUCUACGUUCUGGGAACCACCAUUUACGGUAUCUUUGGUGCCGGGCGUCAGCAGCCAUGGGCGGACAUGUCUACUGACUACAUCUCCUACACCUGAGAUCAUGACACCAUCAUCUCUUGGCGUGGGGUAGGCGGGGUCUCUUGUGGAGUUACUUGAAGGGGCGAGAACCCGCUGAUUGCACACCAUGCGCAAUAAGGAGAUACAAUCUUAUUAUGUGUAACUUGUAGAAUGGGGUAAACUAUAUAAGUACGUAUAGCGUAAUGGUAGAACUGUUGGAACAAAAUGUUCUCUUUUUUUGUUUCGAACACAGCUCUAACAGAUACUUGUAAAGUUAGACAGAGG